UAUCCGUUGAAAAGCGUUCUCUCUCUCUCCCUCUCUGUCGCAGGUGCUUUGAUGUCAAAAACCUUCCAAUGCUGAACUUUUUUCAAUAUCCCGAGACUUUAGAAUUUUCCCAUCAAACAAACACAGUCUCAACGUCUCUCUGAGCCAACGUUUUCUCUGGAAAUUUACUGUUCGUUUCGCCGGAAAUAAUGGCGUCUUCCGGCUAUGCUCCCAACGACUCCGUGUCUAACAAAGUCACAGAGAAAACGUCGGUUUUAGGGUUGAAGCUCUAUGUUGUCAUCGCAAUAGUUGCCAUAGUUGUCAUAGCCGUUUCAUUUCUGAUCUUUCUCCGUCUACGUUAUAAACGGAAGUCCAGGAAGCGUCAAGUGCUCGAGAAGCGCGGUUCGGGUUUGAUUCCUCUGGUUUCGAAGGAGAUCGUGGAAAUCAAAGGCGCGGAUCGUGUGGAAGAGAUUAAGAUCGGUGAAAUUGUGAAGGGGGAGAAGGAGGUUAAAAGACUUGAAAAUAUGAGCUCGGAUAAGGAGGUCGGGGAUGAGAUCAACGGCCCGAAACGAAGUGAAGAAAGCGAUUUGUCACGUGAGAGUCGGAGCGAAGCUUUGUCGGUGGUGACAGUGGAGGCGCAGAACAUCGGGUGGGGACGGUGGUACAGUUUAAGAGAGCUGGAGAUGGCGACCAAUGGAUUUGUCGAAGAAAAUGUGAUUGGAGAAGGAGGCUAUGGUGUGGUUUACAGAGGGGUUUUGCCCGAUGGCUCUGUAGUGGCCGUGAAGAAUCUGCUGAACAAUAAAGGGCAGGCACAGAGGGAGUUCAAGGUGGAAGUUGAAGCCAUUGGAAAAGUAAGACAUAAGAACUUGGUAGGCCUAGUUGGGUAUUGUGCAGAAGGUCCCCAAAGGAUGCUUGUUUAUGAAUAUGUUGACAAUGGCAAUUUGGAGCAGUGGUUGCAUGGUGAUGUAGGGCCUGUCAGUCCUCUAACAUGGGAUAUUCGGAUGAAGAUUGCUGUUGGAACUGCAAAAGGGCUUGCCUAUUUGCAUGAAGGGUUAGAACCUAAAGUUGUACACCGAGAUGUAAAAUCCAGUAACAUUCUUCUGGAUAGAAAGUGGAACCCAAAAGUAUCAGAUUUUGGACUAGCCAAGCUCUUAGGAUCUGAGGCAAGCUAUGUCACUACACGAGUAAUGGGAACCUUUGGAUAUGUCUCUCCCGAGUAUGCAAGCACGGGUAUGCUUAGUGAAGGGAGUGAUGUCUAUAGUUUUGGAGUUCUACUUAUGGAGAUAAUUACUGGAAGGAGCCCGGUUGAUUAUUCCAGACCAGUUGGAGAGAUGAACUUAGUUGAUUGGUUUAAAGGAAUGGUAGCUGGUCGUCGUGGAGAAGAGCUGGUGGACCCUUUGAUUGAAGUUCAACCCUCUCCAAGAGCUUUGAAGCGGGCAUUGCUGGUUUGUCUCCGCUGUAUAGAUUUGGAUGCCAAUAAGCGGCCAAAGAUGGGGCAGAUUGUGCAUAUGCUUGAGGCGGAUGAGUUCCCAUUCCGUGCUGAACACCGAUUGGCCCGAGAGACAGAUCCUCUCCCUUCCCGUGUUGCUGUGACUGAUAAAAUAUCUCCUCCAAUCAAGCAUGCUGGGAGUCAUGAUGUGGAGAAAUCUAAGUGGAGAUGAUCCCUCUCCAUCCGAGUCACAGCAGGACAUGAGAAGAAGGUCAGAUAAUUUUGUAGCCGUGUAAAAAAUUUUCCAUUCAUUUAGAAAGAAGAAAUUAAAGUGGUGCUUUUUAUUUGCAGCCUUGGGUGGCACAUUUCAUUUUCACCUUUAGUUGGUGUAUCACAGAACUUUUCAUUUAAACGAGCCCCUUGUAAAUAGUACUUGUAUUCAUAAUAUGUUCAAUUUAUCAGUCUGAUUGUUCAUAUCAGAUCUUACCUGUGAA